AACUUGCGCAUAAGAGCAAUAAAAGGAUAAUUAAAAAGCAAUUCUUAGAAGCUGAUGAGCAAUCCUUAGAGGUCAAUAAGCAAUCCUUAGAAGCAAGUAUCGUACAAAAACAUUCAAAUCAAAAUAAGUACACAUCAAAGCCCAUUAACAUUCAAGAGAUUACAAAAGCAUCAUCGGAAAUGGCCAUUGUCAGUGCUCCGGUAGAUAACGUGGAAAUUCCGAUAGAGUAG